AUGGCGCGCCGAGAAGCGCUCCCGCGGGCGCAGCGGGCCGGACGCGCAGCGAGCACCGGGGGGCGGGGCCCGCCUGAGCCCGAGAUCCGAGCGGGCCCCGCCCCCGGCCCCGCCCCUCCGCAGCCGCACGCGGGGCGGGAGCCCGAGCCUCGCGCGGAGUGGGCGGAGCCGGAGCCGCUCGAUCCUUCCCCGGCCCCGCCCCCGGAGCCCGAGCCCUCGCACCCCGAGCCCGCAGUGGGCGGAGCGGGAGCCGCGCGAUACCUCCCCCGGCCCCGCACCCGAGCCGAAGCCAUCGACAGUGGGCGGAGCCGGGAGCCGGCGAUCCCGCCCCGGCCCGCCCCCGCGAGCCCGAGACCUCGCACAGUUGGGCGGAGCCGGAGCCCGGGAGAUCCUUCCCCGGCCCCGCCCACGGAGCCCGAGCCCUCGCAGAUGGGCGGAGCCGAGCAGCGCGAUCACGCACGGCCCGCCCCCAAGGAGCCCGAGCCCUCGCAGGUGGGCGGAGACCGGAGCAGCGCAGAUCCCGCCAAGGCAAAGCCCCCCGGAGCCCGAUCCUUCGCCGUUUUAGGCUGCGUGGACUCGGCCGUAUUCUGGUGGCUACAGGAGAGUCAGCGGGCAGCCCAGGUGCAAGAGUGA